AUGGCCGAAGCCGAUCUCGAUCCAGAGGGACUCGACCUCGAAGAUCCCCAAGCCUGGAUCAGUCACAAUUACCGAGAACACCUAAUAACCAAAGUUGAAAAAUGGAACCCCAUCUGGGACCAAGCACCGCAAGCCGAUGUCUUCAGCUAUUGUAUAAGCAUCGCACAACUGCAACGCAUGCGGAUACAGCGACUACAAAUACAACUUGCAUCAGCUGCAAGAAAAGCAUACGAAGGUGCAGAUACAGACAGUAACUGGAAAGAUUGGGAUAAAACUCUUAGUGAAUAUGUUUCUGCAGUCCAAGAACAUGACUACAUGGAACAACGCGGAUCAGGCGGGAGAGACCCUUUCCUGAUAACAGGAGAGCGUUAUAUGGACAGGAAGGUUCUUGAACAGGUCAUGCAUGGCUUCCAACUUUCGGAAUCGACUGAUUCGAAUCCGACUGGUGAACCUUCGCUACGAGUAUGGCAAACAACUCGACGGGCCCCUGUUCCGACACGAGGAGACAACCGUCUGAAGAAGCUUCUGGCCCGGAUUGGUAUAGCUGCUAUCGGGACUGCGUUUCUCAUUGUCCCGAUGUGGCUGUUGAUAUGGGUUGUGUGGGAAGACACCUGGGUGGCGCUGUGGUCGACAACCAUUUUUGUUGCUGUGUUUGGGGUGCUGAUGGCGUGUGUACUGGAGAAUGAAAUUGCGGUUCUCUCAGCAUCUGCGGCUUAUGCAGCUGUGCUAGUGGUCUUUGUCGCCCUUGUUGCGGAACAGGCCCGGGGUCAAGAUGAGAAGGGUUCAUAA